AUGCCUUUGGUCUCUGUGACUCGGCUUCAGGUCUCAGAUGAUGAAGAUGACACCCACCCUAACAUAGAUACUGCUAGCCUGUUCCGUUGGCGUCACGAAGCUCGUCUUAACCGUGACCGUGAAUGGAAAGAAGAAAAAGAAAAGUUUGAAAAGGGAAAGAAGGAGCAUAUUGAAGCCCUACAGAAGGCUCGAUCACUAUACGAUGAGGGAAUCAAGAGUAAUGCACCUAAUGUGAAAGAAUUGGAGGAUAAUUUAAGGAAACUGGAGGUAGCCGACAAAGAAUGGCAGGAGAAGGAGAAGGCAAUGAACAAAAAAGAAAGGCUUCGUCCUCUCAAUGUUGACACAAUAAGCCACGAGGGACGGUCUCGGACGUUUAUUAACAAAGCGGCUUUGAAAGAGAAACCGAAGGUUGACGAGGACAAUGAUGAUGAUGUUCAUGAAGAGGCCGCGGACCGACUUAGGGACUUUGUUAAGAAACAUGAAGCCGAAAUCAAGAAGUUCGAGCCGGAGUACCAGCGCAUGUUCGAUGAGGAGCUGACGGCCUUCAAAGUACGUAUUCGUGAUCGUGCUCGAGUCAGGCUGACCGAGGCGAUGCAGCAGUACGAGGAAGAGGAGCGGCAGAAACGUCUUGGCCCCGGUGGAUUGGACCCCUACGAGGUCAUAGAAACCCUUCCCGAGCCCCUAAGAAAGUGCUUCGAGACUCGAGACGUUGAGUUGUUGAAGAAGACACUGACGGAGAUGGAUCCGAAAGAGGCGGAGGAGUGUAUGAAGCGAUGCGUUGCCUCUGGCCUUUGGGUCGAAAAUGCCGCUGCUGCUGAUGCCGAAGGCCAAGGUGGGGAGUACGACUCAGCAAACGGUGUUAACGUUGAGGAGGUGAAGGCCCCGGUGGCAGAGGAGAAUGUGAAGGAGGAGUUGGCAAACCCUAGUGAUAGUGCCUCUAAUAAGUCGUGA